GAGCCACCUGUUUCACGUGACUAGUCACAACAUACCCGUAAAAUGGCGUUCAAGGAAGGAGGACUAGUUUUGCUUUUAUUAUGCGACAUAAUUUGUAUCCAGAAAUGCUGUUCGCUUGACAUUCAUAUGGAGAAGACGCAAAAAAUGAAAGACUCAUCGGUGCAGAAUUAUUUGAGGAGUACAGACGAGUUGACUCGCGUGAAAAGAGAUUAUGAUCUGAACCUUCCAGGAAGAAAUCAGCGAUUUCGUCGUGAUGCAGAGGACACGACGUGUGAGCAGCAGAAAAACCAGCUAGAUUUUACAACUCCAGACUUUGUGAACACGCACCAGUUUGUGAAUGAAACCAAAGCGAGCAUGGCCCUAGCGUGGGCAGGCGACAAUUCUGGGGUCAUAUUGGUUGCAGUCACAGAAGAAAUGGGGAAUUUGGCUAGGCCAUCUGUCCUAUAUAGAAGCACCAACUUUGGCAGAUCAUUUGAAGACAUCAACUCUCGCAUUAACAAUGUCAUCAUGAGAAAAGACAAUGGGCUGCAGAAAAAUCCUAAUGAUGCUAAUAAUAUAUUUAUUGUUGCACACAACCUCACUGGGGAUGUAUCUGACCUGUAUAUUACCCAGGACGGUGGCUCCACCUUUAGCCAUUUUACUAUGCCUUUCAUCCUUCGCGAUGAAAUGCUAUUUCACCCUAGUAACAAUAAUCUCAUACUUGCCCAAAAAAUAGGAUAUUCUUCCAAGGAUUUGUACCUCUCUCAAGACGGAGGUAGAACCUGGCGCUUAAUCCAUACUGAUAUUGUUAAGUACAAAUGGGAUCCUAAUGGAGCCCCGGGUUUUGAGAACGCCAUCUAUGCUACGUAUGACAAACCCUCUAUUCUCACUUCUAUAUUUGGAGGUAUCAUUUCAAAAUCCUAUGACUACCAGCUGUUGAGGAGUACUGACUUGGGGGCAAACUGGAAGAUGGUGAAUGAACACAUCUACGAGUUUGGAGUUCAGGGAAAAUUCCUUUUCACUUCAGUGAACCAACAGGGAUCUUACCAGAGGGCGCUUGAAGUCUCCACUGACGGCGGCGAGUCGUGGAAUGGUGUCCAGGUUCCCACUGUCACCGAAGACAGGUUCUAUUCAAUUCUUGAUAUGAGUGAAGGAAUGAUUUUUCUGCACGUGGACAAACCAGGGGACACUGGUCAUGGUACUCUAUAUAUCUCUGAUUCAUCAGGAAUCGUCUUCACAGAAUCUCUAGAAAAGCAUCUCUAUCCAAACUACCUAGAUCUCACAGACUUCUACAAGGUUGAGUCCAUGCGAGGUGUUUACAUCGCCAGUCAGAUGUCAGAUGAUAACAGCAUCCACAGUAUGAUCUCGUUUGACAGAGGGGCUGAGUGGAAACCUAUUAAGGCACCACCUGGUGUCCCUUGCCACAAGGCCUGUUACUUACAAAUCCACAACCACUACAGCAUAGCACGGAACAUCCCAGCCAAGCCACCUCUUAGUAGCAAGAGUGCAGUGGGGAUCAUUCUGGCACAUGGUCAUGUAGCCGACGCCCUGCAGAACACCCCACCAGAUGUCUUUGUGUCUGAUGACGGGGGCUAUAACUGGAUCAAGGCUCUGGACGGCCCCCACCAUUACCAGAUAGCUGACCAGGGGGGUCUGCUUGUGGCCAUUCCAUACAACACCAGUACCCCUAAUAUAGUGAAGUUUUCUACUGAUGGAGGGCGCUGCUGGCACGAGCACAAGUUCACAGACGAGGUCAUCGUGUUUACUGGACUCCUGACAGAGCCAGGGAACAAGGCGAUGACCGUCAGUAUCUGGGGGUAUGGGCAGGUGCACAGGGAGUGGAGGGUAUUCGUCAUUGACUUUCAGAAGAUCAUCAAGAGGCAGUGUCAAGAUCCCCAGGACUACGAGGAGUGGUCACCUCAUGGAGAGCUGCAUGGACAGCAAGACGAGUGGAAAGGCUGUCUGAUUGGCUACAAGGAGACAUACAAGAGGGUCAUAAAGGACUCCCUGUGUUACAAUGGCAGGAGCUAUUCAGUUGAGCGGAGUGGUUCGGAAACCCCCUGUACCUGUAGGAGAGAGGACUACGAGUGUGAUUUUGGAUUCGUCAAAAAUGCCAAGGAAGAAUGUGUAAGAGACAGUAAAUUCAGUGCAAAAGAACUGAAAAUUUGUAUCAAUAACCACGUUACAGAGGACAAUACAAUUGGGUAUCGUAAAAUCCCUGGCGAUGGGUGCCAUAAUGGCUUCGUACCCCAACAGUCCACGGAAAUAACGCUGGAUGUGAUCUGUAACGAGGAGAGCAAAAAUUUGGUGAAAAUCGAUGAAAACGGCCAUGCUUCAAUGGUGAAUACUGACUAUGAUUACGUGGAUCAUGAGAUCAUGACAGAAGUCAAGAAUGGUAAAGGCGGAGGCACCAAUGGCGGAAUAGUGGCAGUUAUUCUCGUCUGUAUAGUUGUUUUGGUUCUGGGCAUGGGAUUUUUCUUUUUUAGAAAACUUGGAUACCUUGGUAAUAAAAAUGUUUCGUAUCGCUACUCGUCGCUUAGCCAGUCGGAUGAGUUUGAUUAUGAUAACGAUGUGGAAAAUAUUAUAGGCAGCCAUAAAACUAUUUAUCAGGACAACUCAGAUGAUGAGGAGGCGAUGUUGAAGGAUCCUAAAAACCCCAAAGUGAAAUCUUAUCAUGAUGACUCUGAUGUUGAUAUCUUGGACUAGAUCAAGUCUUUGGGAGAAAUCAAGAAAACAGCUGUGUUACGAACUUAAUUUAUUCAAGACUAUAGCAGAGAAGACGUGUCGCAAAUGAGCCAAAGGACUAGCAUUUCAUUCUGGGGCUUUACGUUUUAAUGUGCAAUAUCCAAAGAAGAAUGGUGACUGGGUUUUUUUUAAAUGUAUCAUAGAUUAGCAUGCGUAAUCUGUCACUAUGGUAACAAUCACCAUGACGGUUGUAACCAUGGCGCAUUAGGCAGAUAUAUGUGUAUAAGACUACCUUAAAAAACUGCUUAUAAUACAACUUGAAGUUCCAAAGAAGAACAAUCAAUAAUGGCUUCCAUAUUUUUAUGAAUCGGUGUGUCUUUGAGAACAAGAAACAUUGGUUAAGGUGCACCUGUUAGAUCUCUUAACUGUAUGGACAUGGUAUUCCAAUUUAUAGUGUUCAUGUUGGUCUCUUUACAGUUUGGAAGGUCUUGUUUGCGUUAACAUUUUUGUUGAUUAUCAUUAUCAUCAUCAUCUUCAUUAUAUCAUCUGUCAUUGGUCACUGGGUGGACUGCUGUUUCACAUGCAUGUUGAAGGUGGUGGUCCGUGAGGCUUCCGGCUUGUUCUUAAGACUGGGUGUUUGUAAAUAAGCCUGGACAAUAGUCAAGGUGGGGCUUGGAUGGGGCUUUGGACUUGGAUUCAGGAUCCCCACAUGGAAUAUACAUUCUUACUGCACAGCAUUUAGUUUCACAGCACUUUUCAAGGAUCUGUGAUCACUGUUAUUUGAAAUCAGCUUGGUUAUUUGUAGUUAUUAGGUUUUUAAUGGCCUCUUUGCUCAAGUUUUGGGUGGUGAUUGUGUGAAUUGUAAAUUUGAUAAUGAUGAAUCCAUUGGCAGAAUUAGUUGGGAUACUUUUUGCUAAUCUUGUUCAAUAUUUGUGAUUCAUUCAGUACGUACAUUUAAUUAAGCAAGUAGCUUUAAUCAUUGUGAUUUCUCUGUGGUGUUUGGGACUGUCCUGCUGUUACAGUAGUCAUUUCGUAAUGCUGUUUCUAUUUCGUUUAUUCAUUUCUCUACAGGGCAGUGAUGGAUUUGAUGGCAUAUUCUAAGCAAAAUAUUGUGUAUAGGCUGUCUGUUAUGUUUUUCUUUAACACAUAUUUAUAUGAUUUCUAUACAUAGUCAGGAAUAAGAACAGGUGAACAAUCAUUUUCAGUGUAUAGCUCACAAACCUAACCUCUAUAGUGAACCCUCUUUAUUGACUAAACACUUACUGUAGUUGAACAGUAUUCAUAUACAUUGUAUGUGCAUGGGUUUGUGCGCAUGCACAUGUGCACGGACAUACAUGUACUGGAGAAUUAUGAGUUCCUCACAAAUGGUAGUUUGAUGAAAUAUUUGUUUUAGAAGGCAUGAAAGGGUUCAGGGUGAGAAAAAACUUUAAUACCCUGUUUCCCUAAGAAACAUUUCUAAAGCAAAUUUGAUUUUUAGAUGGUGAGAAUGUUAUUUGUAAUUUGCAUAAUACAAAUUCCUGGAUCCCUAAAAUACAGUUUCAUAGAAAUCAAAAACUUUAGAUUCCACCAUGAUGCCUGUAAAAGGCAGCUUUCAAGUCUUGUUUCCCAACUAAGUAGUCUGAUAUAUUCAGACAUUUGAACUCUCAGGUAAUUUUUUUUUCGUUGUUGGACAAAGUUUCUCUUGUCAAAGAGUGCCUCCGUUUUGCGCAGAAUAACGAGCCUAAAAAUUUAUUAUGUAAAACUUGCAAGAUAUCCGGUAUAUGGCAUGUUUAAGGUGUGCAUCAUGGAUAACCUUGCCCACUAAUAUUUAUGUAAUGUGCAUCAGUAACGCAUUUCUCUUAGAAAUACCUUUCUUCCAAGACCAGCGCACUUCGUAAAGUGCUGGCUCCAACCACGCGUGGCGUUAAGCUUAGUUCACCGUUUGCAGUGUAACUUGGGGACUUCAGGCCGUUGCUGCUGACUGUUCUCCUUGAUCCCCUAUCUCUUUAUAUGUUAUAUAACAUUCCACGUUGUGUUGGGUGAUAUGGGACUGCUUCGUGUGUAAAAAGUGAUUUUGUUUUCAUCAAAUGUUUUUUGAUGUAUUUUUUUCCUUCUUUUGGUGAUAUUAAAACCAGUUU